AUGGGUAAACAUAUGGUUCAAGGGACAUUGGGGUAUUUGGAUCCAGAAUAUUUUAAUACAAGCCAGUUGACAGAGAAAAGUGAUGUUUAUAGUUUGGGCGUAGUUGUAGUAGAACUGUUAAUUGGAGAAAAACCUCUUUCUUUCGGGAGAUCAGAAGAACAAAGGAAUUUAGCUACAUAUUUUGUUUCCUCCAUGGAAGCAAAUAAUUGGUUCCAACUUCUUGAGGCUCGAGUUUCGAAUGAGAGAUGCCUAAGCUUAAAAGGGGAAGAUCGCCCUACAAUGAAACAAGUUGCAACAAGUCUAGAAGGUUUGAAAGACUUAGAGAUACAUACACAUCAAAUUUAUCAACCAAGAGACGAAGAUUCAAAGAACGUGCAGUUUAAUCAGGUUGAAACUGACCUCUACAGUGUGCCUUUGAGCUCUUACGCUGGUAUUUCUACUUUGGAUUCUGCACAAAAUAGCUUGGAGGCAGGUUCACUGAAAUUUAAAGAGGAGAUGAGAAGGUGUAACCAGUUAUAUCUGUAUGCUGUGGUUGGUCUUGAGUCAUUUCCAUCAGAGAAGCAUUCCUCCUAG